CAAAAUAAAUAUUCAAACCGCCGCCGGUUCAAUUUUGUAUUGGUUGGUAUCCAAAUGGAUUGUCCAGUGGUGUAAGUAACUCGGUCUACAAUACCGCUGAGCAACUCCCGCCAUGAACACUCUCUCAAUCCUCACCCUUCCUUCUCUUUUCCGACAAGCCAAACGCUCCCAAUUCCCUCACUUCUGCUCCAUUUCUCAAUCCCUACCUUUCCCUCGCCCCACUUCCAUCCUCUCUCCGCUUUCUUUUCGUCUCUCUUUCAAAUCCCCUCGCUCUCCCUUCUCCGCUGAGCCCCAACUCUCUGACGAGGAACUCGAAGAUGACGAAGACGACGAUGAUUUUGAAGCUGCUGAUGAAUACGACGAAUACGAAGACGUUUCCGGUGAAGUUUCCAAUGAUUUCCAACCGAGCGAAGACGAAGAUGAAGACUAUACCGAAAACGAAAACGAAAAAGACAUCUCAGUGGAUUCAUCCAACUGGCAGAAAGAAUCCACUUGGCAACGAGUUGAAAAGCUUUGUAAUCUAGUUAAGGAAUUGGGGGAGGAAAUGAUUGACGUCGAUGCACUCGCUGAUAUUUACGAUUUUCGCAUUGAUAAAUUUCAGAGAAUGUCGAUAGAAGCAUUUUUAAGGGGUUCGUCUGUGGUGGUUUCAGCGCCCACCAGCAGCGGAAAGACUUUAAUUGCGGAAGCUGCUGCCGUGGCGACGGUAGCCAGGAGAAGGAGGUUAUUCUAUACAACUCCGCUUAAGGCAUUAUCCAAUCAGAAGUUUCGACAGUUUAGGGAGACAUUUGGGGAUAAUAAUGUUGGCCUUCUCACAGGAGAUUCUGCUGUCAACAAGGAUGCUCAGAUUUUAGUCUUGACUACAGAGAUUCUGCGGAACAUGCUGUAUAAUAGUGUUGGAAUGGCUUCUUCUGGGAGUGGUCUUUUUCAUGUUGAUGUGAUUGUUCUUGAUGAGGUUCAUUAUUUAAGUGACAUAUCUCGGGGUACCGUGUGGGAGGAGAUUGUGAUUUAUUGCCCUAAAGAAGUUCAACUUAUAUGCCUGUCAGCGACAGUUGCAAAUCCAGAUGAGCUAGCUGGUUGGAUUGGUCAGAUUCAUGGUAACACAGAGCUGGUAACAUCAUCAUGGCGUCCCGUUCCAUUGACUUGGCACUUCUCAACAAAGACCUCUUUAUUUCCGCUUCUUAAUGACAAGGGAACACACAUGAAUAGGAAGUUGUCACUCAAUUAUUUACAACUUUCUGCUUCAGGAGUUAACUCGUACAGGGAUGAUGGAUCUAGAAGAAGGAAUUACAGGGAUGAUGGAUCUAGAAGAAGGAAUUCACGAAGACAUGGAAGAAACGGUAGCUUUGAUAGUAUAGUUGGCAUGUCUGAGCAGCCUCUUUCAAAGAAUGACAAAAACAUGAUUCGCCGUUCACAGGUUCCUCAAGUUGUUGAUACACUAUGGCAACUCAAAGCAAAGGACAUGCUUCCAGCAAUUUGGUUUAUUUUUAACAGGAGAGGCUGUGACGCAGCUGUGCAGUAUGUUGAAGAUUGUAGCCUUUUGGAUGACUGUGAGAUGAGUGAGGUAGAACUUGCAUUGAAGAAGUUUCGGCUUCUGUAUCCUGAUGCUGUGAGGGAGACUGCAGUGAAAGGACUAAUUAGAGGGGUGGCUGCACAUCAUGCUGGUUGUCUUCCACUAUGGAAAUCAUUUGUUGAGGAGCUCUUUCAGCGAGGACUUGUUAAGGUUGUUUUUGCUACAGAAACCCUGGCGGCUGGAAUUAAUAUGCCUGCUAGGACUGCUGUUAUUUCAUCUCUUAGCAAAAGGACAAGCACUGGACGUAUCCAAUUAAGCCCUAAUGAAUUGCUUCAAAUGGCAGGACGUGCUGGACGUAGAGGCAUAGAUGAAAGGGGCCAUGUUGUGAUAGUGCAGACUCCUUAUGAAGGUGCUGAAGAGAGCUGCAAGCUUCUAUUUUCUGGAGUUGAACCCCUCAUAUCACAGUUCACUGCUUCAUAUGGAAUGGUGUUGAAUCUUCUAGGAGGUGCAAAAGUUACUCGUCACUCCAAUGAAUCGGAUGAAACAAACACAUUACAAGCAAGGAGAACUUUGGAAGAGGCAAGGAAAUUAGUUGAACAAAGUUUUGGAAAUUACUUAGGCAGCAAUGUGAUGCUUGCUGCAAAAGAGGAGCUUGCUAAAAUACAGAAAGAGAUAGAAGCAUUGACUUAUGAAAUUAGUGAUGAGGCUAUAGAUAGAAAGAGCCAGAAACUUCUAACGGAGGUGGCAUAUAAGGAGAUUGCAGAUUUACAAGAGGAAUUAAGGGCAGAAAAACGUGUCAGGACUGAACUUCGAAGAAGGAUGGAGUUGAAGAGAUUUUCUGCUCUGAAACCUCUCCUAAAGGAUUUUGAAAAUGGACACCUACCCUUCAUUUGCUUGCAGUAUAAGGAUUCUGAAGGAGUUGAAAACUUCGUUCCUGCUGUUUAUCUAGCAGAGGUUGAAUCGCUUGAUGGGUCAAAAAUUAAGAACAUGGUUUCGGUUGAUGAUUCUUUUGCUCUGAGCAGUGUUGGAACAUCUGACACUCAUCAAGAUGUUGAACCAACUUACUAUGUGGCCCUUGGUUCAGAUAACUCCUGGUAUCUAUUUACAGAAAAGUGGAUUAAAACUGUUUAUAGAAGUGGCUUUCCCAAUGUUGCUUUAACUCGGGGGGAAGCUUUGCCCCGGGAAAUAAUGAGGACACUUCUCGAUAAAGAGGAAACACAAUGGGAAAAACUUGCUGAUUCUGAGCUUGGUGGUCUAUGGUGCAUUGAAGGAUCUCUGGAGACAUGGUCUUGGAGUCUAAAUGUGCCAGUUUUAAGUAGUCUUUCCGAAAAUGAUGAGGUGUUACAUAUGUCACAAGCAUACAUUGAAUCAGUGGAACGUUACAGAGAACAGAGGAACAAAGUUGCACGUUUGAAGAAAAAGAUAGCCCGUACUGAGGGCUUCCGAGAAUAUAAAAAGAUCUUGGACACGGCUAAGUUUACAGAGGAAAAGAUAAAACGGUUGAAGGCUAGAUCAAAUCAUUUGAUCAAUAGAAUGGAGCAAAUUGAACCUUCUGGUUGGAAGGAGUUUCUACAAAUCAGCAAAGUCAUUCAUGAAACAAGGGCAUUAGACAUCAAUACACAUGUAAUAUUUCCCCUGGGUGAAACAGCAGCUGCAAUUCGAGGAGAAAAUGAACUGUGGUUGGCAAUGGUACUUCGAAACAAAAUCUUGCUAGAGUUAAAGCCUGCACAACUCGCUGCUGUGUGCGCGAGUUUAGUGUCCGAGGGGAUCAAGGUACGCGCAUGGAAAAACAAUAAUUACAUAUACGAAUCUUCGUCUACUGUCCUAAAUGUGAUUAGUUUACUAGAAGAACAAAGGAACUCGUUUGUCCAACUUCAAGAGAAACAUGAGGUAGAGAUAGCUUGUUGUUUAGAUGGCCAGUUUUCAGGAAUGGUGGAAGCCUGGGCGUCUGGGUUAUCAUGGAGGGAAUUGAUGAUGGAUUGUGCAAUGGAUGAGGGUGAUUUAGCUCGACUAUUACGAAGAACGAUUGACCUUUUGGCUCAGAUACCUAAAUUGCCUGAUAUCGAUACCUUGCUGCAGAAAAAUGCCACAACUGCAUCCGAUGUCAUGGAUCGUCCACCCAUAAGCGAGCUCACUGGAUGAAGUAAGUUCCUUUGCAAAUAACCUUUAUUUUUGUUUAACAUUAUAACAAUUUGUUGUAUUUGUACUAUUAAUUAAAUAGAUGAUUGAGUUUGGUAUCAAAAUUCAAGUGAUAUCAAUUCAAUCAUUAAAGUGAUUAAAAAAAACUUAAUACUUUUUGGAACAA